UAAAUCACAUUUUGACUAUUUUGAGGUUAGAAAGGAGAAUUUAACUAAAAGAGCUACAAAAAAUGCUUGUUGAUGAUUACAAUCACGUCGAUUCGAAAAUCUUCUACAUACCUGAGAAUAUUCCAAGUGCAAACACCCACGACGCCUUUGAGGAGCAGUUUAGUGAAGGUUGCGUAUGCAAGACCAUAUGCACAAUUGAAAAUCAAUGUUUCUGCAUUCUGAGAAGCGGUGCCCAUUACAAAACCGAUACCGAACAUCUUCACGAUGCUACAAUUAUAUGCUCCGACACCGCAAAACCAGUAUACGAAUGUAACAAGAACUGUAAAUGUACACAAUUUUGCAACCACAAACUUGUACAAUUUGGUCCACGUGCUGACUUAGAAAUAAAGUUAUGCGACACAGUGAAUGGCCAAUGUAAAGGUUUGGGUUUAAUCACAUUAAAACGCAUUAAAAAGGGCAGUUUUGUUUGUGAGUACGCAGGUGAAAUUAUAAAUGAAACCGACGCAAUGAGGAGACAUGACCAAAACGAGAAAUCUAAAAGGAUGAAUUACAUUUUUGGUGUCAUUGAGCAUUUUGGAAGAGUAUGUAUGAAGAUGUUCAUUGAUCCUUCCACUUUUGGUAAUAUAGGCAGGUAUAUAAACCACAGUUGUGAUCCAAACUCUGAGCUCUUGACUGUUCGGGUCAAUACUGUUAUUCCGAAAUUGUGUAUUUUUGCAAAGGAUGACAUUCAGGCUGGUGCAGAAAUUACAUUCGAUUAUGGAAGGGACAGCAAUCAAAAUGAAGAUGGGAAAAUGGCAAGAGUUAAGUGCUUAUGUGGAAGUAAAAAUUGCAGACAAUAUAUCCCUCUUUGUAAUUAUAAUUAAAGUUCAGAUUUCACAGUGUUUUUAUACAUUUAUAGUAUAGCAGAGUAUAGAAUUUUCAAGCAAUGUUGGCACUGUUAAUGAAACAAAUAUUCAUUGUCAAUCCAUAAGGACAAGCCAAUAGAAUAGUAUUUAAUAAGAAAAGUUCCAUGUUUAGCGCAUCUGCGAUACUAUAUGGGCCUUAAGUGUGCUAAGGUCAUUUAGUAUUACCCAAAGAUACAGGGGGCAGCGGAACAGAUCUACAGUUGGAAUUAUUGGGAUAUUUUUCUAAAUUAAUUGUCUUUAUCAUUCUUGCCUGGAAAACUUAUCUUGCAAAGUGCUCUGGUGCUGUGCUUACGUGAUUUGUUAAUAUUUGAUGUUACCAAACAGGUUUUUCAAUUUAUUG